AACCAUCUGAGGAUUUCUUUUCUCAGAUAGGAUCCCUCUUAUUAAUCUUCUGCUUUUUCAUUGUGUAUUAAGGUCUAUGUUGACUUAUUUCUCUUAUAAUACGAGGUUCUGCUUGAGAAAACAGGAAUUUCCGCCUGCAGCAAAAAAACAAGCUUAUUGCAGCAUCGCAGCCUAAUAAAGAGGAUCCAGAGGAGCGGUAAUUUCAGCAGGAAGAGAAACACGCAGCCCGUCAGAAGAGCUGAAGAAUCACUAACAGACACAGCAACUGCUAGACAGACACAGAGCAGCGUAAAGCAUAAAGAUGAAUUACACAAACCAAAUAGAGGACAGUAACUUCUCCUGCUACAGCUCCUCGGUGGUGGAGUACCGGUACUUUGCCGUGCUGUGGGGAUGUUGUGUAACCAUCACUGGAACUGUGGGGAACCUGAUGACCGUCCUGGCCUUCGCCCUGGACUCCCGUCUCCAGACUCGCUUCAACGUCCUCAUCGUUAACCUGGCGGUGGCUGACCUUCUCUACUGCACCAUCCUGCAGCCCAUCUCUGUAGACUCCUACCUGCACCUCAGAUGGCGUACUGGUCAGGUCUGGUGCCAGUUCUUUGGGCUGCUCCUCUUCCUCUCCAACUCCGUCUCCAUCAUUACCCUCUGCCUGGUGGCGGUGAGCCGAUACCUCCUGGUUGCAAAAAGAGCUGUUUUCGACCGGGUGUUUUCCAACCUUGGACUUACUUUACUCGUGGUCUCAGCUUGGGGUCUGGGUCUGGCCAGCUUCGGCCCACUCUGGUCUGUUUACGUGUUUGUGCCUCAGGUGUGCACCUGCAGCUUCCAUCGCACCAAAGGCCGCCCGUACACCACCAUCCUGCUUUUCUUCUAUUUCUUCAUCGGUCUAGGAUGUGUUGGACUCUUCUACAUGCUCAUCUACAAAAAAGUCAGGCUUGCAUCAAAAGCCCUGCUCCGCUACAGGCUGAGUAAACGCUCUUCUAAGAAGAAACCUGCUCCUUCAGCUCAGGGGACGGACGAUAGCGGAGUGGAAAGUGGUGCGGGGAAGACAUGUAGCUCAGAGAUGAGCAGCCAAGCAGAACCGGACCAAAACACACAACAUUACGAAAAGGCUAUUCUCCCACCUCAGAGCUCAGCUCUACCCUUAAAGUCAUCAGACGACAAGCUAGUGACCCAAAGCACUGCUCCCACUUCGCAGUCUGCUACUCCAGAGGAUAACGAAUUCAAGCGUGUGACCCGCAUGUGUUUUGCUGUGUUUCUCUGCUUUGUGUGCUGCUUUGUCCCAUUUAUGCUACUAAACAUAGCCGACAAAGAAAACCGCGCCCCACAGAUGUUGCACAUGUUCUGUGCCAACCUCACCUGGCUCAACAGCUGCAUUAACCCUAUUCUGUAUGCGCUCAUGAACAGACAGUUUCGGCAGGCCUAUGGCGAGCUGCUCAGCCGAGCUGCUGCUCCUUUCACCCGCCUCUGCAGCUGGUGUCAGACCCACAAAGUUUGAUUUCAUAGAACCUAUUUUGACUGAUCCACGAGUCCAUAGUGUCCAUUUCAGGCUUCCCGGUUUCUUCUCUGGGUCAUGCAGCAGGGCUCUUCCUCUCAGGGAAAACAUCCCCUGAAAGCUACCAGGGUUGACUUUUUAUUCAGUUUAUUAGAACUGGACUACAUGACCAAAAAAACUUAUCAUGAAGUCGAUGUCAGUAAUUGUCAAUAUAGAUAAUUAUUAAUUAGUUUUUUGUUUUAAAUAUCUGAAAUACUGUCAAUGCAUAACCUUUCCUGUUUUAUCUGCAGUUUCUACUCCAUGCCAUUGGUCUUUAUGUUUAAACAGUUAUGAGAAACCUUAAACUUCAAGUUACUCAACAGGUUGUUACUAGGUAACUAAAGUUGGAAAGAAUUUGAAACUGGUUGUUGCUAGGUAACCAAAGAAUGAGUUAGUUGAUACGGUUGAUUCCACCAACUUUGAGAGGUUUGCCCAUAUUUCCCAGAAUGCUGUGCGGUUCUGGAUCGGAGCUCUUUUGAUCAGGUAAAAAAAAAAUCUGAUUUUAAAUCACAGCUCCUUCACUUAUAUCCUUAUAUCUCAUAGAUAUUUACAUCUAUUUUGAAGUAUAAAUUUAAAUCACACUUUGUAAUUCAAUAUGCAGAUAAAUGUUGUUUAUUGUGCAAUAAAUUGUAUUUUUUUAAGAGGU